AUGGCCCCAGAGGCCCGGACUCACACAGAACCCUGUUCACUGCUACAGCACUUCCGCUCCGCUGCCCAGGCCCCUGUUGGUCCUGAGCAAGUCUGCUCUAACACCGUGUCCCAUCACCCUGAGACACAGCUCUGGCGGCCCAUUCUCCCCCCUGGGCAUCCUUCAUCCACAGCCACCCUCUCCUGUAGUGGACCACCACCUCCACCUCCACCCCCAGUCCCACCUCCACCCACAGGGUCUACUCCCCCACCCCCGCCCCCACUGCCAGUUGGAGGAGCCCAGGGGACCAACCAUGAUGAGAGCUCUACAUCAGGACUGGCAGCUGCUCUGGCGGGAGCCAAGCUAAGGAGGGUGCAGCGGCCAGAAGAUGCAUCUGGAGGCUCCAGUCCUAGUGGGACUUCAAAGUCCGAUGCCAACCGGGCAAGCAGUGGGGGAGGUGGAGGAGGCCUCAUGGAGGAAAUGAACAAGCUGCUGGCUAAGAGGAGAAAGGCAGCCUCCCAGACAGACAAGCCUGCUGACAGAAAGGAAGAUGAGAGCCAAACGGAAGAUCCUAGCACCUCCCCAUCCCCGGGGACCCGAGCCACCAGCCAGCCACCUAAUUCCUCAGAGGCUGGACGAAAGCCCUGGGAACGGAGCAACUCGGUGGAGAAACCUGUGUCCUCGUUGCUGUCCAGAACCCCGUCUGUGGCAAAGAGCCCCGAAGCUAAGAGCCCCCUUCAGUCGCAGCCUCACUCUAGGGUGAAGCCUGCUGGGAGUGUCAAUGAUGUGGGCCUCGAUGCCUUAGAUUUGGACCGGAUGAAACAGGAGAUCCUGGAGGAGGUGGUUCGAGAGCUCCACAAGGUAAAGGAGGAGAUCAUUGAGGCCAUCAGGCAGGAGCUAAGUGGGAUCAGCACCACGUAAGAUGGCACCAGCCCUGGAGGAUUGUGAGGAGCUGUGCUGGCCCCAGCGAACAUCAAGCCUGCCGAAGCUGGGAUAUACUUAAGUCUCAACCUGUGAUACAAUAUUAAAGUGAGGAAACCAACUUCAACUCCUGGAUUUCUUAGUGUAUCUGACACAGAACACCGGGUCUAUUCUUGUUUUGUAUUUUAUAUUUGCUUAUUUAAGUGUACGUACCUUUGAUUUAUAGAGAACACCCCCAAAUCACCUGCUUUAUUAGAUGGCUUCCAAGUUUUCUCCUAGGUGACACUGUUGGCGCCUCAGCUGGCAGGGAGCAGCUGGGUGCGGCGUGGCCUUUCCACGCCACAGAGCUGUCAGAGUACAGCACAGCCCCAGCAGCCACGGUGUUCCAGUCUGUCCACGCAGUGCGUGUCAUGUCCACACCAUAAUAAACUGUUCACUGUGCACA